UCAGCGGGUAAUGCUGCCGCAGAGAGCGUUGCGCAGAACUGAUCCUCGUGAACCUACCCAUUUAGACACACUUACUGACAUCGAAGGAUAGCGCCUCUGCAAUCCGAUGAAGGAGGCUCCUUGGACUGUGUCCCUACAUCGGCAUCUCUGAGCAGCCCACCACCGCACUGCCUGCCUGCACCAAACAAACACUAACCAAAUGCCGCUUUCCUCUUACUGCUGUUGAAUUUCACGAUUGCGGAUGAUCCGGUUAUAGCACCGAAGAGGUGUCCUUCUGUUCCUCUUAACCUUGUACCUCCGUUCCUUUCUAAUCCCGCGAUCGAUACACAUCCUCUCACAGUUAGACCUGUUAGUCCCUGGUCUCUCGACCGAAGACCGAGAAUGGUGCCCUGUUCGGUGAUGCUGUUUUUGGUACUGCUUGGGGUCUUGGUGCUGCAAUCCGACUCGACUCAGAACGCUGGGUUUGUGAAGUCGCCCAUGUCAGAGACAAAGCUCACGGGAGACACCUUUGAGCUGUACUGCGACGUGGUCGGUAACCCCACCCCCGAGAUCCAGUGGUGGUACUCAGAGAUCAACCGCGCCGACUCCUUCAAGCAGCUGUGGGACGGCGCCCGCAAGCGGCGCGUCUCCAUCAACACGGCCUACGGCACCAACGGGGUGAGCGUGCUCGGCAUUACGCGCCUCACGCUGGAGGACUCUGGGACCUACGAGUGCCGGGCCAGCAACAACCCGCGCCGCAACGACCUACGCCAAAACCCGGCCAUCACCUGGAUCCGAGCCCAGGCCACCAUUUCCGUUCUGCAGAAGCCGAGGAUCAACUCCUCUGAUGAUGUGGUGCUGCCCACGGACUCCCACAGCCCGCCCAUCACCCUGCAGUGCAAUCUGACCAAAGCCCACAGCGCCCAUGAGGGCAGCUACUGGAUGAAGAAUGGAGAGGAGAUCCUUGGGACCCAUGCAGAGCUGGACAACACUGAAUACAGGAUCAACAAGCCGAGGGCGGAUGACGCUGGGCUGUACAUGUGCGUUUACACCUUUUCCAUGGCACCGCCUGCCAAUGCCACCAUUGAAGUGAAAGCUGCCCCCGACAUCACUGGCCACAAGCGCAGCGAGAACAAGAACGAGGGGCAGAACGCCGUGCUGUACUGUAAGUCUGUGGGAUACCCCCAUCCCAUGUGGACCUGGCGUAAACUGGACGGAGGCGCGUACGUGGACAUUGACAACUCCUCCGGCCGCUUCUUUAUCAACAACAAGGACAAUUACACAGAGCUGAGCAUUCAGAACCUGGACAUCAACACAGACCCGGGCGCGUACGAGUGCAACGCCACCAACAGCAUCGGCACCAAGGCCAUCACCUCCGUGCUGCGGGUCCGCAGCCACCUGGCGCCGCUCUGGCCUUUCCUGGGCGUGGUGGCGGAGAUCGUCAUCCUGGUGAUCAUCAUCGUGGUGUACGAGAAGCGCAAGAGGCCGGACGAGGUGCCUGAUGACGAUGAACCAGCCGGGCCAAUGAAAACAAAUUCCACAAACAACCACAAAGACAAAAACCUGCGGCAGAGGAACACAAACUGAGCGGACGGCCGGCAGAUUUUUUUCCUUUUCAGAUGAUUAAAUGAGUAUCUUGACCGCGCGAGGGAAGUGAGGAGGGAGCUCCUGGAAAUUUUCGACGAAGCAUGUCCGCUCUCUUUUGGAUCGCAACACUAACAAAACAAUGAAGGGGGAAGAACACAGGGGCUGUCUUAAGCAUGCCUUGUUCAGUCUUACGUGAAGACUCUGGAAUGGAGACGACUAAACCCAUUAUGAAGGUGUACACAUUUUUGCUGUGUGCUCUUGACAUUGCUUUUUUAUUAUUUUUCAUCAUUUCCUUAGACAGAUGAUCUUUUUCUUUGUUCAACAAUGCCUAAAAAUGAUUACCCAUUGUAUGAUACUAAGAAAUGACUUUUGGGGUUUUGUUUUUUUUUUUUGCUAAAUAGCUUUGCAUCCGAAUGGAUUAUGCUUGUUUUUUUUCUUUCUGUACAACAAAAAAAUCUUCAAAAAAUACUGCUACAUUACACAGUAGAAGACUUUUGUACAGUUUACCAUUCCAUUGCAAAUGAUUUGAUACAGUGGUGUUGAAAAAUGAAUAUUUAAUAUGUAAGUUACGAUGUAAGGGCUUCAUGAUGUCCAGCAGUAUUUAAUCAAGAAGACAUGAAUAAAAUAAAUGUGCUAUGUAUCCAACUACAAAACUGCAAUUAAAUGGUUUCAAUAUUAUUUUCUAUAGUAACUUAGAUGUCUUGUAUAUGUUUCAAAUAAGUGUUAAAAUUAAUAGCAAGUCUGUAUAAAUUUCAUUUUAUAAUGCACAUUCCCUAUGUUAUUGAUUUAUUUUUAUUGCAUUGAAAAAUAUUUCUUGUACAGCAUGGCUAUUAUCCUAUGCAAUAUUUAUUCAUAUAGAUAUAUUCAAAAUAUCAAGACAAGAGCAGUUUGAUUUUCUCAGUAAUAAAGCUUUAAUGUUGUGGGAUCACUUUACAAAACUGGUGUAAUGUAAUACACUGCCAUAGCUGCAUGACUUCUCUAUAAAUACAGUGAAUACAUGUGUGUUGCAGUGAAAUGGACCUACAUUAGGGUGGAUGGCUGGUGGGGGUAACAUGCCACUAUAAAACAUGUAAAACCAAUCAUUUUUAAGAAUAAACCACUCCAAAGUAUGAA